CCGGACACGGGGCAGCAGUGUGGACAGGCCGCGGGCAGGACAGCCAGGAAGAUGGAUGGCACCUACCGUGCCCUGCCCACGCCCGCCUCACGCCUGGGGACUCGGACCCCGGCUGGAGUGAGCAGCCUGGAGCCGGGGCAGACGCUGGGGACACGGCCAGUGGCGCCCCCAAGGGACAAGUGCUUGACGGUGCACGUGAGGCUACUGGACGACUCCAUGGAGAUGCUGGACGUGGAGCCCAAGUGUGACGGCCAGGUGUUGCUGGCACAGCUGUGGGGACGCCUGAACCUCAUGGAGUGUGACUACUUCGGGCUAGAGUUCCAGAAUGCACCGUCCUGCUGGGUGUGGCUGGACCCUGCGAAGCCUCUGGCCCGGCAAGUGCGGAGGCCCAAGAACACAGUGCUGCGCCUGGCCGUGAAGUUCUUCCCCCCAGACCCAGGGCAGCUGCAGGAAGAGUUCACGCGCUACCUGUUUGCCCUGCAACUGCGGAGGGACCUGCGGGAGGGGCGUCUGAGCUGCACAGACACCACAGCCGCCCUGCUGGCCUCACACCUCCUGCAGGCUGAACUCGGGGACUACGAGGAGACUCUGGACCGAGAGCACCUCAAAGCCCACCAGUACCUGCCCAGCCAGGAGCACUGCCUAGAGAAGAUUCUAGAAUUUCACCAGAAGCACAUGGGCCAGACGCCCGCAGAGUCCGACUUCCAGGUGCUGGAGGUGGCACGCAAGCUGGAGAUGUACGGUGUCCGCCUGCAUGCGGCCUCGGACCGAGAGGGGGCACGUAUCCACCUGGCCGCCUUCCACACCGGCGUGCUGGUCUUCCAGGGCACGACCAAGAUCAACACUUUCAACUGGUCCAAGGUCCGCAAACUCAGUUUCAGGAGGAAACGUUUCCUGGUCAAGCUCCACCCAGAGGCGCACGGUCCCUACCAGGAUACGCUGGAGUUCUUGCUGGGCAGCCGAGACGCAUGCAAGAACUUCUGGAAGGUCUGCGUGGAACAUCAUACCUUCUUCCGGCUUUGUGACCAGCCCAAGCCCAAGGCCAAGGCUGUGCUGUUCAGCCGGGGCUCCUCCUUCAGAUACAGCGGCCGGACUCAGAAGCAGCUGGUGGGUUGCAUCAAGGAGGGGCCCAUGCGGAGGGCACCCUAUGAGAGAAGACACAGCAGGAUGCGGGCGUGUAUCCAGGAGACGCGGCAGAGCGUCUCAUUCACCGAGGGCCUGAGGACCUCCGCGUCCCCCCCACCAGCAGACACCACCCCUGGCUCGCUCCCCACCUCCCCGCUGGCCCCCCGAGGCCAUCUCUCUCUCCAGGACAACAGUGGCCCCCAGCUGGAGCCCCCAGCCCUCGACACCAUGAGGCCAGCCGCUGAAGGGAGCCACAGGCCGCCGUGUCAGGCCCAGACCCCCGGCGCCCCUGCGGGCCCCCCCAGUCCAGGCACUUCCUCAGAGGACACUCAGCACCCCCCCUGCAGCAGGGGCAGCCGGCUCAGCCUGGACCACACCCUGCAGGAUGCCAGCCCCCUCCCAAGCCCCAUCCUCAGCCAGGCUGGUGGAGAGGGGCUGGAGGAGGAGUCCAGCUGUCAGGGCCUCGUGGUGGACGAGGCUUACUUCAUCGCCAAAGAGAUCCUGGCCACAGAGCGUACCCACGUCAAGGACCUGGAGGUGAUCGCUGUGUGGUUCCGCAGUGCAGUGCUCAAGGAGGGUGCCAGGCCCACCCAGCUGGCCGCCCCCCUCUUCUCCAGCAUAGACCCCAUGUAUGAGUUUCACCGCAACUUCCUGCGCCAGCUGGAGCAGAGACUGACGCUCUGGGAAGGCGGGGCCCUCGGUCACCAGCGUGUUGGGGACAUGCUGCUCAGGAACAUGCUGCAGCUGCAGGCCCUGACAGAGCACCUGCAGAGGCACGGUGAGGUGCUGGCGCAGCUCGAGGAGGCCACCCGGCACUGUGGGAAGCUCGAGGUGGUGCGCCGAGACUUCGAGCUGCAGAGGGUGUGCCACCUGCCCCUCAGCGCCUUCCUGCUGAAGCCCCUCCAGCGGCCCGGCCACUACCGCCGGCUGCUCAGCCGCCUGUGCCGCCUGCACGGCCACACAGACUGCCACGACGCCCUCCAGGCCGUCACAGAGGUGACCACAGCCCUGCAGCCCAGCCUCUCACACCUGGAGAACUGGCAGCGGUUGACCGAGCUGCAGCGGGAGCUGACCGGUGUGGGGGACCUGGCCACUCCAGGCAGGGAGUUCAUCCGAGAGGGCUGUCUGCACACGUUCACCAGGAAGGGGCUGCAGCAGAGGAUGUUCUUCCUGUUCUCAGAUGUGUUGCUCUACACGGCCAAGGCUGCCACAGGCACUGGCCACUUCAGGAUCCGUGGCCUCCUCCCACUGCGUGGCAUGCUGCUCAUAGUGCUGGACCCACCGGUGGACGAGCACGAGGCGGACUGGGCCGGCCGGCACUGCUUCAGCAUCUACGCGGCCCGCAGGACCAUGGUGGUGGUGGCCAGCUCCCGCUUGGAGAAGGAGAAGUGGAUGCAGGACCUGAAGGAGGCCAUUGAAGCCACCAAGUACAGGACAGUGUCCCCCACACCGCUGCACAAGCCCUCAUCUCCUGAUCUCUGCAGCAGGACUGACUGGUCCCCAGACUCCCCUGACACGACCCCCAUGGAAGACUGGGAGGAUGACGCACCGGGCCCCCAAGGCUCCCCGGAAGGUCAGGCCCAGCCCCGGGCCCACAGCACUCCGCACGUGUGCUGGUACCGCAGCACCAGCGUGUCCAGGGCCGACCACAGUGCUGUGGGACAGAACCAGCUGUCGGGGUACCUGCUGCGCAAAUUCAAGAACAGCGGCGGCUGGCAGAAGCUCUGGGUGGUCUUCACCAACUUCUGCCUCUUCUUCUACAAGACCCACCAGGAUGACCACCCGCUGGCCAGCCUCCCACUGCUGGGCUACCGCGUGAGUGAGGCCGGGCCGGGGGCCGGCGGGGGCCGGGAGCACGUCUUCAAGCUGCAGUUCAAGUCCCACAUCUACUUCUUCCGGGCCGAGAGCGAGUACACGCUGUCCAGGUACGCGGGCUGGUCGCCCUGCCCUGCUCGAGGCCUCGCCCUCCCGCACACCCACCCCGUCUGACCGAGGCCUCUGUCCAGGUGGAUGGAGGCGAUCCGGGUGGCCAGCAGCUUGGUGGAAUGAAGCCCCCCUUCCAUGAGAUGGUGGAGGGGGCCUGGCAGGAGCCCUGGCUCGAGUCCCCCCAAGGCUGGUGGGACAGUGACCGAGGGACCCUCUGAGCCAGCACAGCCUUCCUCCGUGGACUGAGGGACGCGCUGUACCCAGGCCUGGUCACAGCCCUGCCUUCUGUGUCCCACAGGGACGUGGCGCUCUGUAUCGAAGGCAAAAAUAAAAGCCCUUCCCGGCC